AUGCCGGCGGAGGCGGGGCAGAAGGCGGACUGUGCCUGCUCCUACGGGAUGAAGCUCAGUUGGGACAUCAACGAUCCGCAGAUGCCUCAGGAGCCAGCCCACUUCGACCGCUUCUGCGAGUGGCCCGACGGCUACGUGCGCUUCAUCUACCGCGGCGACGAGAAGAAGGCGCAGCGCCACCUGAGCGGCUGGGCCAUGCGCAACACCAACAACCACAACGGCCACAUCCUCAAGAAGUCCUGCCUGGGCGUGGUGGUGUGUGCGCGGGGCUGCGCCCUGCCCGACGGCUCCCGUCUGCAGCUGCGACCUGCCAUCUGCGACAAGGCGAGGAUGAAGCAACAGAAGAAGGCCUGCCCUAACUGUCACGCGGCUUUGGAACUGAUCCCCUGUCGCGGGCACAGCGGAUACCCGGUAACCAAUUUCUGGAGGCUCGAUGGCAACGCGAUAUUUUUUCAGGCCAAGGGAGUUCAUGAUCACCCCAGACCGGAGAGUAAGUCAGAGACAGAAGCUAGAAGAAGCGCCAUCAAAAGACAAAUGGCUUCUUUUUACCAACCCCAGAAAAAGAGAAUUCGAGAACCUGAGGCAGGAGAGAAUCAAGACGACAGCGGACAUUUUCACCACAUACAUCCCCUGGAAAAUCCAGAGGAGUUUGAUAUAAUACCUGACCCUGGCUUCCCUGUUCCAGGACAGCCUUGCUUUUCCUUUCCAAACUCGGAUGCUUACAAAGCUACCUGUGACCUAGCCACCUUUCAGGGAGACAUAGUACCACCCUUUCAGAAAUAUCCAAAUCCAAGAGUCUAUUGUCCUGGUUAUGCAAAUUCGAGCCUGUAUCCCGCUCUUUAUAAAGAUUCCAACAAUAUCCCUAAUGACACAGACUGGCUUCAUCUGAACGCACUACAAUAUGAUGUCAACUCAUACAGCAGCUUCGAGAGAAGCUGUGAUUUCACCAGUAAACAGCAUGGCUGGAAACCAGCUCUUGGAAAACCCGGCCUUGGGGAGAGGACUGACCAUGGACAGUUCCAGGCUGUGGCCACUCGCCCUUACUUCAACCCGGAGCCUCCCUGCAGGUAUCUCACAACUCCUCCACCAGGUCCUCCAGCCCUACAGACAGUGAUCACCACCACCACCAAAGUGUCCUACCAGGCCUACCCGCCCCCUGCUCUGAAAUACUGUGACACGGUACGGGAAGUUAAGAGCCUUUUGGGCUGUAACUAUGCUUCUGAAAACACCCAACUGUCCAUCUACCCAGAAGCCUUGGACCUUCCAGCUACUGUCGCCAUGGCAGCCUCUCCAACGGGGUCACUUCCUCUGAAAAUUCCCGGAGAUUGCAGGGCCAUCAGACAUACUCUGCCUUUUCCUCAGGAGUCAGUGCCCUCCCGGGUGGACGGAGCAGAGACCUGGGAUGUGUGUCCAUCUGGACUGGGGUCUACAACUGGUUACUCAGAUAGAGAUAGUCCAUUCUUGAGCUAUGACAAUGAGGACUUCUGAACAACAGUCCUGGGCACAUUGUAAUAUUGGUCUCCAAGCGGGUGGUGGAAUGUGACCUGCAAACUAGCCCUUAAGUUGGGAGAUUCAUUUAGCAUGCAAAGAAAUAUAUAUGUUAUAAUACAUACAUACAUAUAUAUAUAAAUAGUAAAACCAAUGAUCAGUUGAGUAAAUUAUAGGUUGGGAAAAUGUUUAGCUAGUGUAGGGAAAUUUUUCACAGCAUUUUGAAACCCUUUAUAGUACAUAGAACUAGGUCUGGACUGUGACUGUCCCAGAUGAACAAAUAAGCAGACUGGAGACCAUGAACGUUAACGAGCUGAGCUCACCUAGUUUGUUAGCUGGAGAAGAAGUUAUGAACCCUGCUUCUCACCCUAAGCCUUUCCCCACUGAAUCACAGUAGGGAAUUUCACAAAUCUUUAUUUGGCCCUUAGGGGUUGUCAAAAUAGCUUGGGGAAGAAAUCUUAUCUCGUGAGUCAUUUCAUAAGACUUUUAUUUAGCAUUUAGAACCUGUUAAAAUA